AUUAAUAGAAUAGGAUAGAUACAGGAUAAAAUAAAAUUAAAUGAAUAGAAGAGAAGAGAACAAAACCCAAGACCGCAAUGCAAUAAACGCCGCGCUGUUUCUCUUGCAGAGCCUCCCCGUGCCCGGGGCUCCAUCGCCAUGUCCUGCUUCCCGCAGCUGCGGCGCUCCCGCCCCGCGGAGCCCCCGGCCAGCCCCGGGGACCCUCCCUCCAGCCCCGCCGAGUCCCCGAACCGCCCCGGGGCCGCCUCCCCGGUGUCCCUGAGCCCCACAUCGGUGUCCCUGAGCCCCACGUCGCUGCCCCUGAGCCCCACGUCGCUGCCCCUGAGCCCCACGUCGCUGCCCCCGGGCAAGCGCGGCCGCUCGCCGCUGGGCUCGCCGCUGGGCUCGCCCAAGCCCGCCUCGCCGGUGGAGUGCUCCAUCUGCUUCACCUCCUACGACAACUCCUUCAAGACGCCGAAGCUGCUGCAGUGCUCGCACGUGUUCUGCCUGGAGUGCGUGGCGCGGCUGAGCGCGGCGCUGGCCGCGGGCCAGGAGGCGCUGCCCUGUCCCUUCUGCCGCCAGCCCACCUGCCUGCCCCGGCAGGGCGCGCCCGGGCUGGCCACCAGCCGCGAGCUGCUGGCCACGCUGCCGCCCGAGCUGCAGGAGCGGCAGCUCUGGAUGGACGGCACCCGCCUCUGCUGCCGCCGCGCCUCGGCCGACGCCGAGAACCCGGACUCGUGCGACUCCAUCGACGUGGCCAUGGCCAAGGCCGAGAGCGCCGAGGGCCCCGGCGGGCUGGCGGGGCGGCUGUCGCGAUGCGACAUCUGCGACGAUUGGAAGCGCAUCGUGCUGCUCUCGGCGCUGCUCAUCAUCCUCUUCUGCAUCAUCCUGUGGCCCGUGCAGUGCGCGCUGAAAACCGGCAACCUGCGCUGCUUCGCGCGGGCCACCGGCCGGCCCGAGCUGCUGGUCCCCAAGGCCACCGCGGCCCGGCCACACGGCCACCCUUCCACUAGGGAUCGGGCAAGAUGGCGGCUGCCGUCCUGACAGGGGCCUGCGACAAAAUCCCCAUUCUGGCAGUGCCAGAGCCUCUGGAUCUGCUCAGGAAUGAAGAACAGGGAUGGCAGCUGCUGUCUUGACAGGACCUGGGACAAAAUCCCCGUUCCACCAGGAGUUCCUGAAUCUGCUCUGGGAUGGGGGACAAGGGACAGGACAAAAACCUUUCCUGGAUCUGCUCCAUCCCCAGCGCGGCGGUGCCAAGCAGGACCCGCUGCAUUCCUGGCAUUGCCGGCAGAUCCCACAUCCCACUCACCGCACUCCCGUGCCUCUGGAAUGUCCCCGUGCCUCUGGAAUGUCCUUCCUGUGCCUCUGGAAUGUUCCCGUGCCUCUGGAACCUUCCUGUGCCUCUGGAUUGUCCUUCCCGUGCCUCUGGAAUGUCCCCGCGUCCCGCUGCCCGGCUCUUCAUGGAAUUCAGGCUCUCCAUGGAAUGCAGGGCUGGGAAUGCUCCGGGAGCUUCCCAGGAUCCCCCGUUCCUCCCGUUCCUGAGGGAAUAAAGGGAUCCCCCGCCCGGAGCAGCUCCGGGAUUAUUCCCGUGAGGAGCUGGGAUGGAGAGGGCUGGAUGAAGAGAUGGGAAACACCCAGAAUUCCAGAAGCUGGGAGGGUGGACCACGAGUUCCAGAGGCUGGGAAGGUGAAACACCAGAAUUACAAAGGCUGGGAAGGGGAAACCCAAAUUCCAGAGGUUGGGAAGGGGAAACACCAGAAUUCCAGAGGCUGGGAAGGGGAAACCCAAAUUCCAGAGGCUGGGAAGGGGAAACACCAGAAUUCCAGAGUCUGGGAAGGGGAAACACCAAAAUUACAGAGUCUGGGAGGGUGAAUCCCAAAUUCCAGAGGUUGGGAAGGUGAAUCUCGAAUUCCAGAGGCUGGGAAGGGGAAACACCAGAAUUCCAGAGGCUGGGAGGUUCCCCGGUGCUGAGGGAAUAAAAGAGACAAGGGGGGAAAAGCAGAGACUCCCACGAGCUGAAACCACAGCGGAGGUGAAGGAAAGACACAAAAAUCCUGCAAAACCCUGGGAUUGGGGCUGGAAUUCCUGGAAAAACCAAAUUUAGGAGACUUCACUCUUCUCUGCCCAGCAAACAGCACCAGGAAAAGUAGGAUUUUCCUCUAUCCUAGGGGGGAAAAAAAGGAAAAAAAAGAAGCAGCAGGUCACUUUAAAAACCUCUUUAAUCGUUUCCAAACUUUAUUUCUGGGUGAUUCGACGAAAGACACGAGUUAGUAAUGGUUACAUCAUGCUGCUUCCUCUCCUGCCCAUCCCAACUCAGCCAGGAAUCCACCCUCUCCAUGGACAGCUCAGGGGUUUUAAAUUAAAAAAAAAAAAAAAAAAAAA